CUAAUGUUAGUCAUUUUAAAAUGACAUGUGGCAGCACAUCUGUCUCCCUAUUCCCUGUUCCCACCCUACUGUUCAGCACCUUCUGGUGCUGUGCACCUCAAUAACGUCAGCCAUUCGUAUACGCUCAGAUCUGCCUACGUAUGACGUGCUCUCAACUUCUUCGGUAAAAGAAGGAUAAAGAAAGGAGGGAGUUACUCUUGUAAAAGCAUAAAAAGAGUGUGAGAGAGAGAGAAGGGGAGGAGUGGGAGUGAAGUCGAUUGGCGUCGAAUCGUAUUGUGCGGCCGUUCGCCCUGCCUACGCGACGGCGGCGACUCCAGUAGCGUUUCUCUUUUCUCUCCCUCCCUCUUUAUAUGAUCGUCGUAUCAACUCGGAAUAUCAUCGUCGUAGACGGGGUGCUUCUAUAAAGCGUGUCGUGACGCGUAGUCCCUUGUGUGUAUAUAUCCUGCUACAUGAUAUUUUUCUUUGGCUUUUAGUGAAAUAUGUUGUCUUGAUUUAUCUGUAUAUGGCGAGAGAACGCGAACGUCGUCGUCGAUCGUGUUGAAGAAAUUAAAGUAGCAGCAAUAACGACUACGAAAACGGCAACGCCAGCGCCGUAGACAACAGUGUCGAAUAGCACGACUCGUCUAGCUUGAAUUUCUUUUCGAUCAUUUGUGCUUACACGCUCGUUCGUUCGUUCGUUCGUUCGUCCGUCCAUCCGUCCGUUCGUUCCUUCAUUCAUACGUUCGUUCGACGUUCAGCGUUCGACAUUCGACAUCUCGUAGCCGCUCCCGCGUGCUUUUCCUCGGAUCGAUUCCAUUCCAAACUCGGGACGACGACGACGUCGCCGAUUACGGAGGUGCAACCGGUGCGUAGUGCGUGUAAAACGUGAUCUCAACAUGGAAACGGAUAAGAUCAUCGACGACGAAAAUACAAAUGUUCAGUAUCCAAUGACGAUUCUCUAUGAUCCAACUCGUAAGAAAGAACCUUCUAUUGGUGUGACACCACAGUUUGGACAAGAAAGAGAGAUGUGUAUGAAAAUGUUUGAAAAGUGGAGUGAACCAGAACAAGUGCACUUUGUUGAACAAUUAUUAGCACGUAUGUGUCAUUAUCAACAUGGUCACAUUAAUGCGUAUCUGAAACCAAUGCUCCAAAGAGAUUUUAUUUCUCUUUUGCCAAAAAAAGGAUUAGAUCAUGUGGCAGAGAGUAUUCUUUCAUAUUUGGACGCCGAGUCAUUGACAGCUGCAGAGUUAGUUUGCAAAGAAUGGCACAGAGUUAUCAGCGAAGGAAUGCUUUGGAAGAAAUUAAUUGAACGUAAAGUUAGGACAGAUUCAGUAUGGAGGGGCCUAGCUGAAAGGAGAGGAUGGAUACAAUAUCUGUUUAAACCUCGACCAGGAGAGAGUCAUCCAAAUCACAACUUUUACAGAAAUCUUUAUCCUAAGAUUGUUAAAGAUAUUGAUAGUAUAGAUAAUAAUUGGAGAAUGGGUAGAUUUAAUCUUCAAAGAAUAAACUGCAGAAGUGAAAAUUCAAAAGGCGUUUACUGUCUACAAUAUGAUGACCAAAAAAUAGUCUCUGGAUUAAGAGAUAAUACGAUCAAAAUUUGGGAUAGAAAUACAUUACAAUGUAUUAAGGUGUUGACUGGUCACACAGGUUCUGUUCUAUGUUUACAAUAUGACGACAAAGCCAUAAUAUCAGGCUCUUCGGAUAGUACAGUGAGAGUAUGGGAUGCAACAACAGGUGAGAUGGUUAGUACAUUGAUACAUCAUUGCGAAGCUGUACUACAUCUCAGAUUUAAUAAUGGUAUGAUGGUCACUUGUUCUAAGGAUCGUUCGAUAGCAGUUUGGGACAUGACAUCGCAGAAAGAAAUUGCAUUGAGAAGAGUACUUGUGGGUCACAGAGCAGCAGUGAAUGUAGUUGAUUUUGAUGAAAAAUAUAUUGUUUCUGCUAGUGGUGAUAGGACUAUUAAAGUAUGGAAUACAUCUACCUGCGAAUUCGUACGAACGUUAAAUGGACAUAAACGGGGUAUAGCGUGUUUGCAGUAUAGGGAUCGCUUAGUCGUGAGUGGCAGCAGUGACAACACUAUUAGAUUGUGGGACAUUGAAUGUGGAGCAUGUUUACGUGUUUUAGAAGGUCAUGAAGAAUUGGUCAGAUGUAUACGAUUUGACAGUAAACAUAUUGUUAGUGGAGCAUAUGAUGGAAAAAUUAAAGUAUGGGAUUUGGUAGCUGCAUUAGAUCCGCGUGCACUUGCAAACACUUUAUGUCUGCGUACAUUAGUGGAACAUACUGGGCGCGUAUUUCGUCUUCAAUUUGACGAAUUCCAAAUAGUAUCAUCAUCGCACGAUGACACGAUACUAAUUUGGGAUUUUCUCAAUUUUAAUCCAUCAAAUGGAUCUGUGUCUACCGGUCAAGUACCAGUCAAUGCUUUAGCUGCCAAUCAAUCUGGUACCAGAUCUCCUUCUCCAUUUGAGUGACUCAUCAACAAGAAGAUUCCUUUAUUGUGAUAUAAUUAAAAGUGGUUAGUGAGUGAAUUGAAUGUGUUCACGAUAGUGUACACAAGACAUAAAGAAUCAGUGUCCAGUGUGAACAGCGCCUAAAUAGGCCUAGACAUCCCAAAACUCUUAAUCAUGGACUUUGGUUUGUUAUUUGCAGUGAAACGCAAAAGAAAUUCUCUUGAGAUAGGAGAUAUAUGUACUGUGACUUAUAUAAAAAUAUUAAUUAAUUUAUAUGCGCUUAAGGCAAACACACUGCGUUUAGUAAUGAACAGUAUAUUAAAACCAUAUGAAUACAUCCCAUGGAUUUGCCGUCUGCUAUGGCCAUAUCUGGAUUUCUUCUACGCUCCAUGAUACGAUAGAAGUUGACCAUUUUACUACUAUGAAAAAGACUUGAAACACGCAACAAAAUGAAAAAGUUUUAGGGAGGCUGGAUACACUUAAUAAGAUAUUAGAUGUAUUAUAGUAAAUUAAUGAUUUUUUUAUAUAAUUAAUUUAUGCUAAGAAAAUUGUAAACUGUUAUCUGAUCAGGAUACUUAUUUUGUGUGAAUGUGAAAAUGCAACUUCAUAAAAUAAUUAUGACAAUUAUUAUGUUUCAUCACUUUCAAAAGGCAGCUAAGGCGAAUUGCGAUAUCAUAUUAAAUAACACUGAUAUAUAACAUCAAGAAUUAAAUGUAUAGAAGGAUGAGUUUUUUUUUUGUUUAUUUUCGGUGUAGAUACUAUUAUUUUGCAAUAUUCAUAUUAUAUUUAAAAAAAAAAAAAUGGGUAAAAGUCAACUAUUUCCUCGUCGCAACGUGGCAAAAUGUUAUUUGCAUUUAAAAUAUUACGUUCGAUAUAUAUAAACACAAAGAGAUGUAAAUAUUCGUACAGGCAACUGUAGUACCUCUAAAAUGAUUAUAGUUGCUAUGAAAAAGUUAUUGUAACUUGAUUAUUGAUCUCGGAUAGAGCAUAAUUUUUAUGUUGUGUGUUUAAAUGUAUACUAAUGAUAUUUCUUCGAAUUAAAUAUUGAAGUUAUUUUAUUGAUUUAAAAAG